GCACGCUUUUGCUUCGUCUUUUUCAAAGAAAUUUAUCCGUUGGAAAGAGGAAUCGACUUCUCAGUGACGACUCCAAAAAACUCCCAACCUCUUUAAUGGAAGUCUCCCAACGCCACCGUCAGUAAAGCUCAGACAUGGCUGUUGGUGUGACCAAACUAGGCACGGCACUAUCCGUAGUCUUUGUAGCCUUUCUUUUAGCUCUCUUUGCUCAGCUCAUUCUUGUUCUCUGCCACCGCCGCCACCGCCGCCGUACCGAACUUCCAGUCACCGGCGAUGCUGAACGAGCCCCUACAUCUUCAUCGGCUUCGAAAGAGCUUUUCUUGUUUUUCUGCCUCAGGACUGACACGCACGCCUCCAGGGUUGAACCCAGCGCCACCCCGAUGAGUCUCCACGACUCGACCGGGCCUACCCCUGAGCCACCGGAGAUGGAUCUCGUCGACCUGCUGAAGCUUUCCGGAGGCCUUCACGGCCCCUCAAAGAUUCUGUUUACGAUCAAGGAAGAAGAAAAGGAAGACUUGGAAUCGGUGUGUUCAAACUCGGCGGAGAAGGGUCGGCCGAAACGGAUAUUAAAGAAUGGUGAAGACGGCGGGAGGAGUUUGGAGCAAUGUUUUGACAUGGAACCGCAGGUUGUCCGCGCAAAUGACGAUGAUAGCCGUGUGGAUGUAGAAACGACGCCGUUCUGUACUCCGUGCACUUCGCCGUCUUAUUUCACUCCCUCGGCCUCACCCGCUCGAUUACAUUCAAAUAGCAUGCUGCCGCCGGCCGCCGGCAGGUGACAUUUAGCGCUGCGUUGUCCUUUUCUUGUGUGAUGGAUUUAAUUCCGUUUUUAGCCCCCUAUUAUUAAUUAAAACAAAUCUGGCUUUUUAUCUUUCACUUUUAUUUUUCUACCUUAAUCGGUAGCUGUUGAUAUUUUGUCUCUUGUAUUCUUCCCGAUAUCUUUUCACCUAUUGAUGGAUGGAAAUAUGAAGUUUCAAAAUAUCUAUUAUCGAUCACUUAGUAGAAAAAUGAAAGUUAAUGAUAAAAAAUACUCCUCGUGUUGAAGGACAUUUUAUAUCGUGUUCUAUCCUUUAGAUAGAAUAUGUAUUAGGGUUUUUCUAUGUAAAUGAUGUAUUAUGGCAUAUUGGCUCGUACUCGUAAACUCUACUCUAUCCCUAUUUAUAGGGGCUUUAUUUAUAGGGACUUUCAGUAAUGAAACUCUACGAACAAUUCUA